AUGAAGCCUUCCGUUAUCCUCUCAACUACCGUCUUUGCGGGCACCACUGUUGCUCGACUGUACAAACGCGACGAGCUCGUUGCCAGAGCAGACUCGAGCAGUUCGCUUAGCACAGCUUCUGUCGUUACAAACCCCACGGACACAGCAACCGAUGGGGGAGAGGAGACUUUGUCUACCGAUACAGGAGCACCGGCUACCGUCAGCACCACGGCAUCUUCAGCCAAUAUGAGCCCAACAAUCCCUCCCACAUACGACUGUCUGAGUGAUUGCAAUAGCAACUACGAUAAAUGUCGCACGGCUCCCGGCGCCAACAUGUCCACUUGUGCAGCUCAAUACGCCGGAUGUCUUGGCUAUAACCCCUUUCAAGGAGGGUCGCUUGUUACACCUACGGCUUGUUCUGCUCCUGCGUCCGACACUCCUAAACCUACUCAGUCAGGUACAAGCGAUUGUGUCACCGGGUGUAAUGACGAUUACAACAAAUGUCGCACAGCUCCGGGUGCAAAUAUGUCUACUUGUGCAGCUCAAUACGCUGGCUGUCUUGGGUACAACCCAUUUGAAGGAGGGUCACUCGUUACACCAACCGCUUGUUCCGUCACUGCAUCCGAAACAUCCAAGCCUACUCAGUCGGGCACAAGCGACUGCCUGAGCGAGUGUAACACUAAAUAUGAUACAUGCCGCACAGCUCCCGGCGCUAACAUGGCCACCUGCGCGUCCGAGUACGCUGGAUGUCUUGGCUAUAACCCUUUUCAAGGCGGGUCCCUUGUCACGCCUACUGCUUGCUCUGACAAAGCUGAGCCUACCCAAUCGGGCACAGACGAGUGUGUGAAGGGAUGCAACAGCGACUACGAUAAGUGCCGAACAGCUCCGGAUGCCAAUAUGUCCACUUGUGCUGCCCAGUACUCCCAGUGCCUUGGGUACAACCCUUUUGACGGCUCUGGAUCACUUGUCACACCUACCGCUUGUUCUAGCAGUGCUGGACCUACUGCAACGGACACAGGCGCAAUGCAGUCAUCUAUGGCUUCACAGUCUCCCUCACCUCUGUCAGACACAACAAUGCAGAUGACUGGGACAUACGAGAACCCUGUAGCUACAUGUACCUCUAACAUGUGCUCCAAACCCACCAUGACCGAGUCGCCUGUCGUGGUUGACAGUGCUGGGAGUCUUCGACCUUGGAUGACUUUGAUGGCAUUGGCAGCGCUCGCCAUACUGUAA